AUGUCUAAAUGGAGACUUAUCUACCGCCGACUACUCACUCAAGAUAUCAACACCAGUCCGAACAACCAUACUUCCUACGCCCAUCGGUCAUUCGUCAUGGCGCGAAAAUACGACUGGGACCGCGCCCUUCUGGACGCAAUCAAGUCCAUCAGGAUUCAGCCCUCAUUGACGGGCUAUAUCUCCAAGGGUAUUGCCCUCUGUGGAAAAGGCCGCGUCCUGGAUGCGAGGGCAGCAUUUGAUGUUGCAUCCAUGUACACGGACCAGGAUUCAGAAAUCACUCAUUUUCUGCUAUUGAUCAAGGCAUAUCUACACGUUCAACUCGGAAUCAAAGCCUUGGAUGGCGCACGCUACGACGAAGCUGCCGACCAUUUCACUGCCGCUCUCGACUCUCGCGAUUCAUCAUCGAAAUCGAACAUUCAUGAAGUAUAUGAGGAUUUGGUGGUGCUCUUUGGCUGGGACCUGAAGUCGUUGUGGCAAAAGGCACACCAUAAACGGUGUGAUGCACUCCUUCGGGCGGGCAAACUCCAAGAUGCCGUGAAAUCAUACCAACACAUGAUGACUUCAAGUGACGAAAUCACCAAUGCCGACUGCUUGAUUGGUCCAACGGCGAGUCUAGAACCACGCACUCUGCGCUGCCAAUGGAGAGCUGCCUUCGCUGCAAGCGAUUACGACAAGGCUAUUGACCUAUACUCGAUGGCGAUCGACCUGGAUUCUGCAUCCGAUAUCUUCUUUGCAAGUCGCAGCGAGGCAAAGUUAAGUAAAAUGCUUGGGAGGAUGCGCUCCUCGACGCGCGAAAGCCAUGUUGACUUCGGCGAUGCAGGUCACCGAACUCAACCUUCGUCUCAUGUUGGGUACCAGUUGUCACACUCAGCGCUGCGUGGCGCGCAACGUUACGAUGAAGCCAUCGAGGCCUUCACAAUCAUGUUGUCCAAGUUGGACGAUGCUCCAGAAGGCAGAUACGAGAUCUGCGUCAGCACUAAACUCCUUCAAAACAAGUCCAGAAUACAAGGAGCUUUUGUCAUCCAUAACGAAGCGUUCGGAUCUCGAAAUGGAACGCAUCAAGGAGGUGGUGGCGAUGCACUUCCGUUGCGUUUUGCUAUCACACAAGUGGGAAGAGACGGAGGUGCUGCUGCACCACAUCCAAAUAAAGAUGUGCGCGAGUUGAAGGGACUUGGUGGCAUCACGAAACUGCAGUCGUUCUGCAAAAUCGCUCGUGAUGCGGGGUAUUUCUGGGCGUGGAUGGAUACAUGCUGCAUCGAUAAGAGCAACAACGCCGAGCUUGGAGAAUCGGUCCAAUCCAUGUUCGUCUGGUACCGUCACUCGGCGCUCACCAUCGUCUACCUAUCCGAUGUCCUCCUUCAUCCCAACCCGAUUUUAUCAGAAGGAUUGGUCGUUUAUCUCGACGAUCGCUCUCAACCACAAAGAAUCUCAGCAAUCAUGAAGGAGUUGGAGGGUGCGACGGGAAUAGAUGCACAGGCCCUGAUCUCCUUCCGUCCAGGGAUGAGAGAUGCUAGACAGAAACUGCAAUGGGCAUCGAAGCGCGUCACCACUGUGCAGGAAGACCGCGUACUCGUUAUUUGGUAUCUUCGCGUCCACCUGCCUGUCAUCUAUGGCGAGAAGAAGCAAAAUGCGCUCGGACGGCUCCUGCAGGAGAUCGUCUGGCUAGAUCGGGCGACAUCACUUCCCUGGACUGGGUCGGACAAUCAUGAGAUUCAGACAGCGGUCUCUUCGUUGCGAAACAUUGUGCCUGUGGAUUCAGCUUCGAAGUUGUAUAACCUGCUCGAGAACAUGAAUGCUCCGCUCUUCGCAAACUGCAGACUCCGUCUGCCUUGCAUCGCAUUCCGUGUCACGGAAGUCAAACGGAGGCCUGGUCUGCUGCUCAUUCCACAUAUGAGUCAAAGCAGAUGGGCUUCAGGACUUGCUGAUCACCACGGACAAGACACUAAUUCAUUCUCGCGCGCAAGACCCACUCGGCAGACGUUCUUUCUUGUCCGUCCAUGGGAUCGUCGUCUCCUUGGGCUGCCUGAUUUUUCAGAGCAGCCCACCUUUGCAGACGAAGGGGAGAGCGUAGGGAUUGGUCCGAGUCCCAGUCUGGAUUAGCGACACUGAAGAGUCGUCCAGCAACUCACCUGGAGAAGAGGAGUUGUCAGUUGACUCGGAUGUUCACUCACGAUCAUUGCGUUUGAUGGUUCACCUUGGGCAGGCUUUCAGCGCACUUUUGGUAGCGCAGCAACGCGUUGGA